AUGACUCCAGAAUUGGAUAUGUGGAAGAUUCACCCGUGGGCCCAUCUUCUGGCACUGGGCACAGUUUGCCUGCUUGCCCGGCUCAUCUUCGCCGGUCAUGAGUUCCUCUGCAGCGAGCCUGGACCUUAUCAUACCCUCGACGGCCUCGAUCUCUCUCAAGAGGGCCCGUCCUGCUCGAUUGGUCAAUCGGAAUCAUUCCUUGGUCGAGCAGUCCGGCAGCAUCGACUCAGUCACUCAGCUGACCCCACCUGGCAGUCAAGGCGAGUCCGCCAGAAAGUGUCGAAUCCUCUGGAGCAUGUCCGGCCAACAGACUUUCCGAUCCCCUUCAUAAAUCUAGUCCAGCAUGAUAUCAGAAACCCUGCACAACCACACCAGCUAUCAACUCAUCCGCUUCCCCUGGAGGUGGCCGUAGUACUGAGUCAUCAGGAUGAAGAGCCCCAAAGAAUCGGGCUGAAUUUUGACCUCAACCAUACACCACCAUCCAGCCCACCUGAACAUGUGCCAGUCGAGCACGUACCGGGUGAACACGUCCCGGUUGGACCAGCAGCGCCGCUUGAGCACAUAGCUGAACAGGUUGUAUCCGAUGAGCAGCCAGCUCAAGCUCAUCCCGAAGUCGAUUCGGAUUCUUUGGAUAUGCAUGAAUCUAUCCCUCAGGAUUUCACACCAAUCCUACGCUACGUCCAGAUGGCGGUCGUCCACCCGGAGCUACUUAUCAAGUACCAUACCCCAUUGAAGGAACAUAUCAAUUCCCACCCCGCCAAGUUUGCCACCGGAAUGUCCAACAAGCCCACCGAGCGAGUCGGAAAUCUGCCGGUCUAUUUCGAACCCUGCCUCAGUGGCACAUUCGAGACAAUGUUUGCACCAAGGAUCGCCAAGCUAUCAAAACCCAAACCAUCGGCCGGCAAGAAUAGGGGAAUAUAUCAAAGCCCGUCCAUGAUCAGUGCAUUACUGGGAAACUUGAUCAAAUGCAUUUUGUUUGCCCAUGGUGCUUUCUUCAGGCAGAUCAACUCCCCCGUCGAAGAGCAGAUCAGAAAACACGACUCCCUGAUGCGCUGGCUCAAUGAUCUCGUCUUUUCCACUACGAACCACCUCCCAAUUUUUGGUGCGAUCAGCCGCUCCGAAUUUCUCAGUCUUAGGGAGAAAGGCUACACCCCGGCCCAGAAGCAUGUGAUCCACUACCUCCGAGGGCGAUCUGAUGACCCAAGCUUAGAGUUCUUCAACGAUUUCGCGGCACUAAGCCUGAUUGGCAUCUGGUACAAGCGAGAGGCUCCCGUAGAGUGGGCCCAACAUUUCCAGGGCAGCGAAUCCACAUUCUGGCUGCGAAUGAGACAGUCGAUGGAAGACGCAAAGGAAAACAAAAGCUGGAAAAGCGGCAAGUGGGUAGAACAAGUUCUCGCGCACCAGAAGCCGGACGCAGAGAUGAAUGAUUUCGACCUACUCGGACUACAGCAUGGAAUUAACCCGCAAGGCCCCAGUCGCUGGCGGGCAGAAAAAAACUUCUGGCUGGUUAAUAGGAAGAAGUACGAGCCAUCGGAGGUCGAAGACCGGAUCAUCAUGGAGCACCGGAGAGUGCUCAAGUUGGUUGCGUUGAAACGAACCGGCAAGCCGAGCAAAACUAUCACGGCCGUCCGGGCCAAGCUUCAUGACGCGGUGGAGAACGCUACCGGGGAGGAGAUCUGGAUAGUCAGAGUAAUCGACAUCAUGUCCCGACCCCAGACCACAGAAUCAGUGGAAACAAAACUGGCCACUCUACUCGAAGGCUUAUGGCAACACCACCAAACGCUGAUAAGCUAUAUGGAACAUUCCAACAUCCAAAGCAUUCUAAACGCCCACGAUGCCUUCCUGGACUGGUUUAGUGAGACAAUCCUGAGCCCCUCAACUGGACCUCUUCAUCUCCCGCUGUUCGGAUAUGUCUAUAAAUCACAGCCGGGCGAGGUGGAACCGCCACUGGAUGAAACUCGGUUCAACCCAAUCCAACAUCGGGUCCUGCGUAACAUAGCCAUUCCCGACAAAAACCGCACAACCUUUGACGUUUUGACCCUGCUUGGAUAUUGGUACAAGAAGCACCAGCCCGACUAUUGGCAGGUUCACUUCAAAACAGAAGGCAACUUUGGCGCAUUAUUCAAACAUGCUAACAAUCCAAUGUAA